UCUAAAGAAAACUUCAUGGAGAUGACGUCCUACUCGGCUUCACAAUUGAUUUUCACCAUUGCCCCUCCUUCUCCAGUUGCCAUUAUCGGGCCUCCGGAGGUGGUGGAAAGUUCCGGUGGCGAUCAUGCAACAAUGAUGAUAUCCAACAACGGUCUUCCUCAUCAGCGGAUUGACGUUGAUCAGGCUCCUGAAGAUCACAACAUUGUUGAUGUUCUAAAUGUCGAACCUUCAUCUCCAGAAAGAAGGGGAAAUGAGGUAUCAUUAUCAAACAUGAUUAUGGCCUCAAGAACGGGCAGAUACGAUGAAAGGGUCGUAAUUCAAAUGAAAAGUGAAGAAAACAAUCUUGACGAUGGUUAUAGCUGGAAAAAAUAUGGUCAGAAACUCAUCAGGGGGAACCCAAAUGCGAGGAGUUACUACAAAUGCACAUUCAGUGGGUGCGACGUGAAGAAGCAUGUGGAGAGAAGCGCAGACAAUGCGAAGUCAUUGGUGAUUACAUACUAUGGGAAUCAUGAGCACGAUGCACCAGUUAAACGCAGAAAGUGUUACUCUCUAAAGAAGCGGUCAGGUUCUUCAAUGUUUCAAGAUGCUAGCAAUCGAACUCCUCGGUUAGGCAGGCCACCUUUUUCCUCUUCGGCCUUUCAGGUUUUCCCUCCUUCGUUGGAACCACACCUUGAUAUGACACAGAUCAAUAUGAAAGGACUCUCUAAACUGCCGAGUUUACCAGCCAACCAGAUGACGGGUCCUAGAAGAAAGCCAGCUGCACCUACUUUCUCUCAGAUGAUUCAUGAUGGUGUCGGGAAAUCUUCUUCCGGUCCAUCAUCUUCCGAGGCAGUUCCGGACUCUCAGACAUCUCAGAGAGUUUCUUGGAGUUCUUCUCCUCCUGCACCUCAUAUGCCUGCACCACCUUCUCCUCCAGCCGCUGCACCUCAGCCUGUCCCAGCAGGUGCAGUUCAUCCAGAUUUGUGUGUACCUCCAUCUGCCCCAUACGCGAGAUAUAAAGUGGAGGAUUUGCUUGCCCAGCCUGGACGAGAGGGAUUGGAUUUUCUGGAUCCUGAUAGACCGCCGGGACCUUAUUGGUAA